AUGGCUAAACAACAAAACAAUUUACUUCAUACAUUUAGGUUACUGAAUUGCAUCCUACAAUAUUUUGUACUCCUCAGAAGAGGCCAACAACUCAGCACACAUAUGAUGAGCAGCCUUACAGUAUCAAAGCAGCGUGAGGAAGAGCUGGGAAUGGGAAAAGAACAAAAAAUGUUGGAAACACUGAGUUUGAAGGAGAGGGAGGGUUCUCACAAGGCCUUCCAUGCCAUGCUGACAUGGCUACUGAACCGGGAUUCAUCUUCCAUCCAGGACUUCUGGAGGGUCCUCUUCAAGGAUUACAACCUGGAGAGAUACUCCAAGCUCCAGCCUAUUCAGAGCAACUUUCCCAAAGAUGUGGAUCUCAGCAGACAGCGCCGGGGGAGGAAACCACCCCCCAGCCCCAAGAUGUUGGUGCAGCACAAACAGCAGCCGAAGAGGAAAGCACCAGAGGAACGGGACUCUCCCCAGCCAGCUCAGCCCUUGCUGAAAUGCAACUCAAAUCCUGGGACCCUGCCAAAGGCAAAAGCUGUAAAGAAACCAGAAGGUGUGGAGAUCCAGCGUUUCCCUCUGGGAAAUGGCAUUCAGAGUAUGGCUGCCUCAGUCCAGAGGGCUGUUACUGUGUCAUCCAGUGAACUACCAGUGAGCUGCGGGGCUGUAGAAGGAAUUCUCAUCAAACAGGUGUUUGAGUCAGGGGGCUCCAAGAAAUGUGUGAAAGUUGGAGGCGAGUUUUAUGCACCAAGCAAGUUUGAGGAACCUGGGGGAAAGAACAAAAGCCGAAGCCUGAAGCCCAGUGUGCGAGCCAAGGGAUUUCAAGGGCCCCAAUAUAAUGGGGAGCUGAAAAUAAACUCACAGAGCAGCCUCCACGUCACCCCUGUUCACACCAUGGAUCAAACCCUCCACCAGAAGAACGAUGAUGAAUGUGCAGUGUGCAGGGAUGGUGGGGAGCUGAUCUGCUGUGACGGCUGCCCCAAAGCUUUCCAUCUGGCCUGCCUCGUGCCCCCACUGACAGAAAUUCCAAGCGGGACAUGGAGGUGCAUCUCCUGCUCAACUGAGAAAGUGAAGCAGGACCAGCGCAUAGAAGAGGAGCAGGUCAGAGAGCCACCAUCUGAGACACAGAAGGGUCUGUAUGGACAGAGGGCAGCUGGAGACAGAGAGAGGAUUCUUAUCAAAGAACCUACGCCAGGCUCCGAUGCCUCAUUCACCUUCAAACAACCUCUGCCCCCUGCGCCUUCCCACUCACCAGUACCAGUGGUAAUGCCAGCCUCAACCCUCCAGCUCCUGUCAAGUCUGGGCCUGGAGAGACAGCUAAAACUGACAGUUGGUGAGAAAUGUGGAGUCUGCAGGGGUGAAGGAGACAUGACCUACUGUGCCCAGUGCUUCAAGGCGUUCCACGCCAACUGCCACUUCCCUGCCCAAGCAGAGCGGCUCAGUGAAAUCUUGCUAUGCAAGUCCUGCUCUGGCAGCUCUGGAACCAGUGGCCUGGAGGGAACAGUGACCUCAAAUAACCAUGCACUAAGAGCAGCAAAGGUCAUGGAAGAAUCUGCUGGGAAUGACCCAAUCCUGAAUAAAGAAGAGCUGGACUCUCUCCUGGGUGAGAGCUCCUUUGAUGGGAUCCUGCAGUGGGCAUUCCAGAACAUGUCUCGUCCACUCUCAGAUACUCACGGAUUUUUCUCUUAGCUCCUGUUGUAAACUGUGGACAUGUCAUGCCAACUUGCUGCCCUCCAUACAUUGGACUUGACACUAAUCAUCUUUAAAUGUCUCGUGCCGACAUCUUGGGACAUACGGGAUUUUCCCAUUGAAGGACAUAAAUCCACAAGGUAGAUUUCAAG